AUGCCUCUUGAGGAUAUGAUUAAGUCUUUGGCUUCUAGUACAAUACAAUUUCAACAAGAGACAAAGACAUCAAUUAAGAAUUUGGAGACACAAAUGGGUCAAUUAGCCAAAAAGAUGGGUAAAUUGGAGGUUCAAGGAUCGGGAAAACUUCAUUCUCAAGCAAUCAACCCUAGAGAAAAUGCUAGUGCCAUGACACUAAGAAGUGGGAAAAUUUUGGAAGAGGCACCAAAGAAAAUGAAAGAUCAAGUUAAGAAGUCAACGCAAAAGAAGAACUUAGCAUGUGAAAAAGAUGAAGCUACGACUAUAACUGCGGGAUCUAAGGUAGGAUCUAAAAGUUCUAUUCCUGCUUAUGUUCCCUCCCUUCCAUUUCUUGGCAGGUUUGCAAAGUCCAAAAAGGAUGAACAUGAGAAAGAAAUCUUAGAGACUUUUCGCAAGGUUCAAGUGAACAUACCACUUUUGGAUGCAAUUUAUCAAGUCCCUCGUUAUGCAAAGUUCCUCAAGGAUUUGUGCACUAAAAAGCAUAGAUUGAAAGGUAAUGAAGUGGUAAGUGUAGGGGAAAAUGUCUCAGCGGUCUUGCAAAAAAAACUUCCACCAAAAUGUAAGGACCCUGAAAGUUUUACCAUCCCUUGCAUUAUUGGUAACACUAGGUUUGAAAAGGCAAUGCUAGAUUUAGGAGCAUCUAUUAAUGUCAUGUCAUAUUCUAUUUAUGCUUUCUUAAAUCUAGGAUCACUUAAAGAAACCAGUGUUAUUAUUCAACUUGGUGAUAGAUCUAAUGCAUUUCCAAAGGGUGUGUUGGCAGAUGUUUUGGUGCAGAUAGACGUGCAUGAUGGUACAUUGACAAUGGAGUUUGAUGGUGAGAUUAUUCGCUUCAACAUCUUUGAAGCAAUGAGGUAUCCUAGUGAUGUCCAUACUUGUUUUUCAAUUGAUAUAAUAGAUUCAUUAGUACAAAAAGUUUUUGAAUUAUCAAAUGAAGAUGCAUUGGAUACCACUUUGAUUAAAAGCAUCGAUGCUAACAAUCUCAUCGGGUUGAGCAAGAAUUUACAAGUGUGCAAGGAUGUUGUAGAAACCAUGGCAUCACUUGAGUCACUACCAAGUAUUCCACCAAGAUAUGAUCUCUCCUAUAUUACUAUUCCGAUAUCUAAAGAGAAACUUUUACCUUUGGUGAUGCAGGCCCCCACUUUGGAACUCAAACCUCUUUCCAAGCAUUUGAAGUAUGUAUAUUUGGGAGAGGGGGAAACACUACCGGUGAUCAUUGUAAAGAAUCUCACAACACUUCAAGAAGAUAGGCUUAUCCAUGUGCUCAAGGAACACAAAAUAGCUAUUGGUUAG